AUGUCCAUGUUGAUGCUCCCUCACCCUCAAACUAGGUACUGCAAAGCCAUCCUAGAACGAUAUUUGAUGGAGGAGUGCGUCGAACAGUGUAUUGUACGGAUAGAUGAUCAAUAUCUACCGAGAUUGAUCGAAAAACACCCAGAAAAAGCGCCAGAGGUGCUGUACAACGAAGCGACGCAGACACUGGAGGACCUUACGAAAAAAUUGCCGAUUGAGAUUGGGUAUAAUUAGGAGAAAUUUACGUAGAUGGAGGUUGUAAGUUUAUCUGAAUUUUUUAUCUAACAAGACUGGACAGCUGCUAUUGCAGCUCGUGUUUUUGUUUUCGUUGAAUGUUGAGAGCCGUAAUACUCUCAACUUCCGCUCAUCAACUACACGGCUCAACAGGUACCUCGGUUUGGGACCCGCGAUUGUGGAGAUGAUCAUGCACCGAAAUAUCGAAAAGAUGAAGUUGAUAAACCACGUAAUGAUCAGAGAUGUGAGGAAAUUACGGAUGUGAGAUACAGACUUUCUUCGAAAUUGAGAUGAGGUCGAGCAAAAAAAAGAAACUGUCAGAACUGACUCAUUGAUAGAGAAUAUGAGAAUUCUUGCGCACCUAGAACUGUUGAGCACCAAAACAAGUGAUCUCCAUUUAUUCCCUUUCAUAAAAAGAAAAUGAGAUCAUCUUCACCUCUGUGGAAGAAGUAGAAGACCUUCCUGCUCUGAAGAGAUACUUCUACAGGUUAGUCCUAGUCACUGACUUCUGAAUGAAAUCGACAGCGCUCGUU